ACCUAGGAAGCUGGCGCACGCUGCAGUCAGAUAAGGCUUUCAGCUGAGCGUCCCUGAAGCAGCAGAUGGUAAUGGAGUGGUGGUGGACUGGCGUGCUCUGUCACCCGGGCUGGGUGGUCAGCACCGUGGUUCUGGGGCUCGUUGUGAGAAUGCAGAGGAAGGGGUCCUGGAACCCGCGAGCCUGCCCCGUGGAUCUCACCGGCAAAACUGCCAUCGUUACCGGAGCUAACACGGGCAUCGGGAAGUUCAUCGCUCUGGAUUUGGCUCGCAGGAAGGCGCGGGUGAUCCUGGCGUGCCGCAGUCAGGAGCGAGGCCAGGCCGCACUGGAGGAGAUCCGCAGGAAAUCACACAACAGCAACGUGCACCUGCAGCUUGUCGACACCAGCUCCCUGCACUCCGUCAGAGACUUCGCACACAGAAUCAACAAGGAGGAGAAGCGACUGGACAUACUGGUCAACAACGCAGGGGCCUCCGGACUACCCAAAGCCAUGACCUCAGAGGGACUGGAGCUCUCCUUCGCCACCAAUCACCUUGGACCCUUCCUACUGACGAACCUGCUGCUGGAUCUCUUAAAGCACUCCGCCCCCGCCCGCAUCGUCAAUGUGUCCUCAGCCAAUCACUGGCGAGGGGUGGUGGACUUCUCACACUUCCACGGAGAGAACCUGACCUACCGGCUGGACAGCGUGUACAAUCACACCAAGCUACACAACAUCCUGUGCACCAGUGAGCUUGCCCGCAGACUGCAGGGCACAGGAGUGACUGCUAACUCCCUGCACCCGGGUGUGGUGAUGACAGAGGUGAUGAGACAUUAUAACUGGCUCAUACGAGCGCUCUUCAAUAUCGUGGGGUUCUUCUUCAUGAAGUCCUCGGAGGAGGGAGCAGUGAGCUCUAUAUACUGCGCGGUGUCUGAGGACUUGGAGGGGGUCACUGGGAAGUACUUCGACAGUGACUGCUCCCUGGUCCUGCCCGCACCCUUGGCCAGGGACCCUGUCCUCGCCAGGAAAGACUGGGAGGUGUGCGAGAGGCUAACCGGGCUCUCCGGAGGAAAGGACCAAUGAGCACUCAGCUCAUCACAGCUGGGACACACACACACACACACACAAACUCACGCCAGUCCUGCACCCAGUGAUUUUCUAUUCAGGUUAAUAUUUUAUAUUCAGGUUAAUAUUUUAUAUUCAUGUUACCCUCAUAAAAUGAUCUCUGCAGCGGUGACUGACAAGACUGGUAUAGCAUGAGACAUGAGGCAUUAGCGAUCAUCCCAUUUCCUUAAAGAUAUCAACUCCUUUACAGUGCACUAAACGUUCCUGGGAUUGGGGAGCAUUGGGGUCACUUCACUAUCAGGAAAGUUGUGGCAGACACCAAUGGGAAUUGAUUAAAAAAAAAAAUCUAAAAGCAUGAUAAACCAAAGUACACUAUGGUAAAUGCAUUGUGUAACAAUGGGAAAAGCAUGGAUAUACUGCAAAAUUACUGUGCAAAUGAAACCUUUUAUAAGGGAGUUGGGGUCCAUAGAAACAGGCCUUGCUUUCUUAAAACACAGUAAAUGAGGUAUACUCUGCUUUUCUACUCAGCCCUUCAGUUACAGGAAGGCAUUAUUACAAUUGAUUCAUAAACUCCUACAAUGGUGGUCCCUGAGUUCCUCACAUCAGAAGCGAGAGGAUUCCAAACAAAGAAGCAUUGCUAACACUGCAGCGCAGAGCUCCGAUGUGAAUGAUAAUAUACAUUGUAUUAAUGAUGAAGCAUUGCUAACACUGCAGCGCAGAGCUCCGAUGUGAAUGAUAAUAUACAUUGUAUUAAUGAUGAAGCAUUGCUAACACUGCAGCGCAGAGCUCCGCUGUGAAUGAUAAUAUACAUUGUAUUAAUGAUGCUAUAUGCAGUUCUUGAUAAUGACAGGAAAUAAUAACAAUAAAAAUACACAUUUCAAAGGA